AUGGACCAAAACGUCUCCCCAAGCCAGAUUGCAGCCAUUCUCCUCUCUUGGCUCGACCUUGAAUUGAUUUCAUGCACCGCCAUCCAGGGUCUUUGGGCGGGAUAUGGCCACAUUUGUGCCAUUUCUGCUCGACCAACCGCAGAUUAUGAGGACACGCGGUGGCAGCGCUUCUCCCGAGCUCAAGCAGAUGGCCAAGGCAGUACAAUCCAUCUGGUGCUGAAGAUCGUUCAUCCUCCGACGAAAUCUGGCGAUGAAGGACAUCUUCGGAAAAUCUUUAGCUAUGAGGUUGAGCAAUAUUUCUACGAUGAAGUUGCUCCGCACCUUGCUGGUAACAUAGCAGUGGCUCAGUGCUUUGCUUCGACAAGAAGAAUGCAGAAACAGGCGGCUGAGCACGGUAUUGAUCAUCUGAUUGCUACUCUCAUGAACGACCUGAGGCUUGAUUUUCCUCUUUCCGGCGAGAAACGAGCGGUGCUUUCGAGCAAGCAGGUCUAUGCAGCCUUGACGUGGUUGGCCAAGUUUCAUAGUAGCUCCUGGACCUAUAUGCCGCAGAACCUUAGCCAAUUUCUUUUGCCGCCACUUGAAGAGGCCUCGAGGCGUCAAACAGAUCCCAAAUCUGGCGGGAAGGCCCUCUGGUUGAAUGGCGGAUACACAUAUUUGGCCACCAGGCGCCAAGAGUAUCGGCUGCUUGCCCAAGACAGAUCCUCAGAAUGGUCUGAUGCUUUUUGCACCUCUGUGGACGGUAAAGCAUCUCUUGCUGAACAAGUCGCCGACUUUCUGACUCCAUGUGGCCGGCCAUAUGAAACAUACAUCCACGGAGACGUAAAGUCCGAAAAUCUCUUCUCAACAGAAUCUGGCGAUGAUGUUGUGUUCUUUGACUUUCAGUAUGCCGGAAUUGGCCUGGGCGCUUGCGAUCUGGCUAAGCUCUUUACUUGCUCCAUCCCAUUGAGCAUGCUCACGAAGAACAAGCCCAUUCCAGCGAAAUUGGGAAUGGAGGAGUGUGAAAAGAGAUUGCUCAAGCAUUAUUGGCUCAUAUUGUCGGGCGACCGAAAUGGCCACAAGACACCCGUGUAUGAGUGGGAGGACUUUCUCCGACACUGGGAGGCUGCGCUUGUAGACUGGUGUCGGUUUCAGGCCUCUUGGGGCUUCUGGGGAAACACGGAAUGGUUAGAGGCCAGGGUGAGGUACAUCAUCAACGACGGUGCUUGGAGAGACUGGCUGGCUUCAGAGGUAGGCGCAGACGGUGUAGUAGGAGGUAGUUAG